CUUCAGAAAAAAGCCUAAUUAGUUAUAAAUCAAGGUCUCGUUAAAAGGCCCAUUUGUUUAACAAGAAAUCUCUAACUUGUUGUCCUAAGCUUAAACAAUUUUUGCAUCUCUCUCUCUUUCCGUCUUCAUCGUCCUCCCGGCUUCUGCGAUUUUGUUUAGUAGCGCCGGACCGGAGUAGUUAAAACCCUAGCCCAGUCUAUUUAAAGAUUCACCGAGUAGUCUUCUAGUCCUGCGUAUACUUCUUCUUCUUCGUUUAUACUUAGAAGAUGAAUUGUGCAAUUUCCGGCGAAGUUCCGGAGGAGCCUGUGGUUUCUAAGAAGUCGGGUUUGCUUUACGAGAAGCGGCUAAUCCAGACGCAUAUAUCCGAUUAUGGGAAAUGCCCGGUUACUGGUGAGCCACAUACUCUUGAUGACAUUGUUCCCAUCAAAACUGGGAAGAUCGUAAAGCCGAAACCAUUACACACAGCUAGCAUCCCUGGAUUGCUUGGAACGUUUCAGACUGAAUGGGACAGUUUGAUGCUAUCAAAUUUUGCUUUGGAACAACAACUGCAUACUGCGAGGCAAGAGCUAAGUCACGCUUUGUAUCAGCAUGAUGCUGCUUGUCGUGUGAUUGCUAGGCUUAAAAAAGAAAGAGACGAAUCACGACAAUUGCUUGCAGAGGCUGAAAGGCAGUUGCCUGCAGCCCCCGAAGUUGCCACAUCGAAUGCUGCUCUUAGUAAUGGUAAACGAGGUAUCGAUGAUGGUGAGCAGGGGCCUAAUGCAAAGAAAAUGCGUCUUGGAAUUUCGGCUGAAGUUAUCACAGAACUCACAGAUUGUAAUGCUGCUCUUUCUCAGCAGCGUAAAAAGAGACAGAUCCCUAAAACAUUGGCUUCAGUCGAUGCUCUGGAGAAGUUCACCCAACUCUCAAGCCACCCCCUUCACAAGACCAACAAACCUGGAAUUUUUUCAAUGGACAUCCUACAUUCUAAGGAUGUCAUCGCUACGGGAGGAAUUGAUACAACUGCCGUUCUCUUUGAUCGUCCUUCAGGACAAAUCUUAUCAACGCUGACUGGUCACUCAAAGAAGGUUACAAGCAUCAAGUUCGUUGGUGACACUGAUCUUGUGUUAACUGCUUCAUCCGACAAGACAGUCCGCAUCUGGGGAUGUUCCGAGGAUGGGAACUAUACCUCUAGACAUACACUGAAAGAUCAUUCUGCCGAGGUGCGAGCUGUAACUGUCCACGCAACGAAUAAAUACUUUGUGUCAGCAUCACUUGACAGUACAUGGUGCUUCUAUGAUCUGUCCUCCGGUUUAUGCCUUGCUCAGGUGACAGAUGCUUCCGAAAACGACGUGAAUUACACGGCUGCUGCUUUUCAUCCUGAUGGUCUCAUUCUUGGAACUGGUACCGCUCAAUCUAUUGUUAAGAUUUGGGAUGUAAAAAGUCAGGCAAAUGUGGCAAAGUUUGGUGGACACAAUGGAGAAAUCACCUCUAUAUCAUUCUCUGAAAACGGUUAUUUCCUUGCGACUGCUGCACUGGAUGGUGUUAGGUUGUGGGACUUGCGCAAGUUAAAGAACUUCCGAACCUUUGACUUUCCAGAUGCAAACUCGGUGGAGUUUGACCAUAGCGGAUCUUAUCUUGGCAUUGCUGCUUCAGAUAUAAGAGUAUUCCAAGCAGCUAGUGUAAAAGCAGAAUGGAACCCAAUCAAGACUCUUCCCGAUCUGUCCGGUACAGGUAAAGCAACAAGUGUUAAGUUUGGACUCGACUCCAAAUACAUAGCAGUCGGUUCAAUGGACCGUAAUCUCAGGAUAUUUGGUUUACCUGAUGAUGACAAUACUGAAGAUUCAGCACAAGAUUCAUGAAGAGAUAUCUCAAAAGUCUCAUCAUCAAGAGUAGCUAUAUCCUCAAUUCUCGCGAUUUUUGUUGUAUCUUUACAGUUCUGUUGGUACUUUCCUGAUGGCCCCUCUCACAAUCACAUAUACACACCUGAGCUCUCUCCCUUUCUUUCUCAGUCAACAAUUUUCCUGUAACAACAUCGUACCUUAAGGAUCUGCAGUUGAUCUUUCUCUCUUUGAUCUGAAAGAGUCCACAUAAAACAAAGUUAGCUGCUCACUAUAAAAGCAAAUGAAGAACAGGCAUGUAAAUGAUCUUCUUCAUCAUUCAAAUCAGUAGGACCUAAACGGCAACAAUUAAAAAACUUGUGUUAUAUAGAAAGGG